CGUUCUUUCGCAGCCCCCUCGAAACAAUGCUCGAUUCGUGGCCCAUCUUUUCUAUACUAUCCUAAAAGAAUCAAUCUCGGGGACGCAUCCAUUCAUUCAUGGAGGGAGGAGAUGUCUACAGAGCGAGCAAGAGCCUUCGCGCGAGCAGCUCCGGCAUGUGGAGGAACAGCAGGAUGGACGAGGUCUUCUCGAGGUCCUUGUCGCGCCGAGGAGACGAGGAUGACGACGACGAAGAAGAAGCUCUCAAAUGGGCUGCCCUUGAGAGGCUCCCCACGUUCGACCGCCUGAGGAAGGGCAUUUUGACCGCCUCGCACGGUCGAGCAGACGAGGUCGACAUCCUGAACCUCGGAUUCCAGGAGAGGAAGAAGUUGGUCGAGAGGUUGGUGAGGGUGACCGACGAGGACAACGAGAGCUUCUUGUUGAAGCUCAAGAACCGCAUUGACAGAGUUGGAAUUGAUCUUGCUACAAUCGAAGUGAGAUAUGAGCAUUUGAACGUCGAGACGGAGGUUCAUGCCCGAAGCAGAGCUGCGCCCAAUUUCAUUAAUUUCAGUAUCGGUUUCAUAGAGGGCCUCUUGAAUUUCCUGCACAUCCUUCCUAACAGAAAGAAACACUUGACUAUCCUGCAAGAUGUCAGUGGGAUCAUCAAACCUGGCAGGCUGACAUUGCUUUUAGGUCCUCCUAGUUCAGGGAAGACCACACUCUUGUUAGCUUUGGCUGCUAAGCUUGACCCCAAACUAAAGACGGCAGGAAAGGUUACUUACAAUGGACAUAGCUUCAAUGAGUUUGUGCCCCAAAGAACUGCUGCUUACAUAAGUCAACAUGAUCUUCAUAUUGGAGAAUUGACAGUUAGAGAAACUCUGGCCUUCUCUGCAAGAUGUCAGGGGGUCGGAACUCGAUAUGAUAUGUUGGCAGAGCUAUCAAGAAGAGAGAAAGCAGCAAAUAUAAAACCAGAUCCUGAUAUUGAUGUCUACAUGAAGGCUGCAGCAAUGCCAGGUCAGGAGGCUAGUGUUGUCACAGAUUAUGUUCUUAAGAUUUUAGGGCUAGAAGCUUGUGCAGAUACCAUGGUCGGAAAUCAAAUGAUCAGGGGUAUUUCUGGAGGACAAAGGAAGCGUGUGACCACGGGUGAGAUGCUGGUCGGGCCUGCGAUGGCGUUCUUCAUGGAUGAGAUAUCUACCGGGCUCGAUACCUCAACAACGUACCAAAUAGUGAAGUCCCUGAAGCAAGUUAAUCACAUUUUCAAUGGGACAGCUGUUAUCUCCCUUCUCCAGCCAGCUCCCGAGACUUACAACAUGUUUGAUGACAUUAUUCUUCUAUCCGAUGGCCAGAUCGUGUACCAAGGUCCUCGUGACCUUGUGCUAGAUUUCUUCGAAUCCAUGGGAUUUAAAUGCCCUGAGAGGAAGGGUAUUGCCGACUUCUUGCAAGAAGUAACGUCACGGAAAGAUCAGCAGCAAUAUUGGGCACGUAAAGAUGAUCCUUACACAUUUGUGACGGUUCGGGAAUUCGCAGAGGCAUUCCAUUCGUUUCACUUGGGAAGGAAACUCAGGGACGAGCUUUCCACUCCUUUCGAUCGAAGCAAGAACCACCCAGCUGCUUUGACUACCAAAAAAUAUGGUGUAGGAGUAAAGGAUUUGCUGCGAGCUUGUGCUUCAAGAGAAAACUUGCUUAUGAGAAGGAACUCCUUUGUUUACACUUUUAAGACCUUUCAGCUCACAGUUCAAGCAUGUAUUACGAUGACCCUCUUCUUUCGGACUCAUAUGCCUCGAGAUACCAUAACCGAUGGAGGGAUUUAUAUUGGAGCAUUGUUCUUCGAACUUGUGAUGAUCAUGUUCAAUGGAAUGGUGGAGAUUUCCAUGACAAUUGCCAAGCUCCCGGUUUUCUACAAGCAAAGAGAUCUCCUCUUUUACCCGGCAUGGGCAUAUGCUCUUCCAAUUUGGAUUACAAAGAUCCCAAUCACCUUCGUGGAGGUUGCUGUUUGGGUGUUCCUUACCUACUAUGUCAUUGGAUUUGAUCCACAUGCUGACAGGUUGUUCAGGCAGUACCUUUUGCUUGUGCUCGCCCAGCAGAUGGCAUCCGCGUUAUUUCGGACAAUUGGGGCAGUGGGUAGAAACAUGAUUCUUGCAAACACAUUUGGGUCAUUUUCUCUGCUUCUUUUCUUUUCAUUAAGUGGUGUUGUCCUUUCAAGAGAGGAAAUAAAGAAAUGGUGGAUUUGGGGUUACUGGGUAUCACCCUUAAUGUACGGGCAGAAUGCGCUAGCCGCUAAUGAGUUGUUAUCACCAAACUGGAACAAGGUUCCCUUCAAUUCAAGUUCAAACGAAACACUAGGAGUUCAAUCGUUGGAGUCGCGUGGAAUUUUUGCCAAUGCCUACUGGUAUUGGAUAGGAGUGGGGGCACUGUUUGGAUUCCUUUUGCUCUUCAACCUCACGUUCCCACUGGCUCUCACUUUCCUUGACCCCUAUGGACGAACUCAGACCAUAAAAUCAGGAGAUGAUCAAAGCAAUGACAAUGAUAAUAAAGAAGGAGGAUCAAUUCAGCUGCCGUCUCGGGGUUCUAGUCACCAACAAGUAUCAGUGAUUUCACCCAGAUCCUCAAUUACAAGGCCUGAGAUGGCAGGCGUGACUAAUAGGAACAGAGGAAUGGUCCUGCCAUUUGAGCAACACUCUAUCACUUUCGAUGAAAUCAAGUAUUCAGUUGACAUGCCACAGGAAAUGAGGAGUCAAGGUGUCGUCGAGGAUAAAUUGGUGCUCUUAGGUGGAGUAAGUGGUGCUUUUAGGCCCGGUGUUCUCUCAGCUUUGAUGGGCGUUAGCGGUGCUGGUAAAACUACUUUGAUGGAUGUGUUGGCUGGUAGAAAAACUGGAGGAUACAUUGAAGGGACCAUAACAAUAUCCGGGUAUCCAAAGAAGCAGGAGACAUUCGCUCGGAUUUCCGGCUACUGCGAACAAAACGACAUCCAUUCCCCUCAUGUUUCUGUAUAUGAGUCGUUGGUUUACUCUGCAUGGCUGCGUUUACCAGCUGAUGUCAACAAUGAAACCAGAACGAUGUUUGUUGAGGAAGUCAUGGAGCUUGUGGAACUAAAUCCACUGCGACAAGCCUUGGUAGGUUUGCCUGGUGUCAAUGGUCUCUCUACCGAGCAACGCAAAAGGCUAACCAUAGCAGUCGAACUAGUAGCAAACCCCUCUAUUAUUUUCAUGGACGAGCCAACCUCCGGGCUCGAUGCAAGAGCGGCUGCUAUUGUCAUGAGAACAGUAAGGAAUACGGUGGAUACAGGCAGAACUGUUGUGUGCACUAUCCACCAGCCGAGCAUCGAUAUAUUUGAAGCUUUCGAUGAGCUUCUCUUAUUGAAACGCGGUGGGCAAGAGAUAUAUGUUGGUCCAUUGGGUCACCAUUCUUGUCAUCUGAUCAACUACUUUGAGGGAAUCCAAGGAGUUAGCAAAAUCAAAGAUGGUUAUAAUCCAGCAACUUGGAUGCUUGAAGUCACGGCACCAGCACAAGAGCUUGCUCUGGGGAUUGAUUUUGCCGCUUUAUACAGAAGUUCGGUCUUGUAUCGGAGAAACAAGGCUUUCGUCAAAGAGUUGAGUUUACCGCCUCCUAAUUCCAAGGAUCUCUACUUCCCGACUAAGUAUUCACAGUCAACUUUCACCCAAUUAACCGCUUGCUUAUGGAAACAACAUUGGUCUUACUGGCGCAACACAAACUAUACAGCCGUUCGGCACCUCUUCAGCAUCUUCGUAGCUUUAAUGUUCGGGAGUAUGUACUGGGAUAUCGGAUCUAAAACGAACCGAAGAAUAGACUUGCUUAAUGCAAUGGGCUCAAUGUAUUCAACUGCUAUCUUCCUUGGCGUCCAAAAUGCAACUCCCGUGCAACCGGUAAUAUCAGUGGAAAGAAUAGUUUUUUACAGAGAGCGAGCUGCCGGAAUGUACUCGGCCCUGCCAUAUGCUCUAGCACAAGUUCUGAUUGAAGUCCCCUACAUCCUUGCACAAGUCAUAACGUACACCCUCAUAGUUUAUCCGAUGAUUGGGUUCGAAUGGACAGCUGAGAAAUUUUUCUGGUUUCUGUUCUUCAUGUUCUUCGUCAUUUUGAGUUACAACUACUUUGCCAUGAUAGCAGUAGGCUUGACCCCGAACCUACAAGUUGCCGGCAUCAUCUCCUAUGCAAUCUUCCCUCAAUGGAACCUCUUCUCGGGGUUCCUAGUGCCGCGAACCAGGAUGCCUGUUUGGUGGAAAUGGUUCUAUUGGGCAUGUCCCACUGCUUGGACUUUGUACGGGUUGGUGGCCUCGCAGUACGGCGAUGUGGAGGACCUGCUCGAGGACUCUGGCGGCUCGGUGAAACAAUACAUCAAAGAUUACUUGGGUUAUAGACACGACUUCCUGGGAGUGGCCGCCGUUGUGAUGGUCGCGUUCCCCAUGCUCUUUGCUUGCAUUUUCGCUGUUUCCCUCAAGGCACUCAACUUCCAGAGGCGAUAAAAAAUCUUUUCACAUUCACUAUCGGCAUAUGGCGAGGCCGGUAGCAUUCCCAUUGCGGAUUGAAGGGGCGAAUUCGGCACUCAUGUCAUGAACAGUAUGCUUGCAGAGAUCAUUUCCAGUUUGAACUACUGAUUUUAAGGAAGGGCAACUGAUUCACAGAGUCAGUCAGUCCUAUAUAUAUUAGUUUCUUAACCGGAUCAGUUCGUGCAAAAUUUGGAUAUCAAGUAGGAUUACAGGUGUUCAUGUAACGCGGAUGAUAUGUUUUAGGGGAAACAAAAGUUCAGACAAGACCAGGAUUAUAUAAUCUUUCAUUUCUGAUGGUAUUGGCUUCAUUUCUUUAGCCACAACACAACCGAGCCAAA